AUGCCCAGUGAUCUUGUGACCAGUCUCCAUCCAGGAACCUCAGGCCUAGUGAUGCCCAGUGAUCUUGUGACCAGUCUCCAUCCAGGAACCUCAGGCCUAGUGAUGCCCAGUGAUCUUGUGACCAGUCUCCAUCCAGGAACCUCUGGCCUGGUGAUGCCCAGUGAUCUUGUGACCAGUCUCCAUCCCGGAACCUCAGACCUGGUGAUGCCCAGUGAUCUUGUGACCAGUCUCCAUCCAGGAACCUCAGGCCUGGUGAUGCCCAGUGAUCUUGUGACCAGUCUCCAUCCCGGAACCUCAGACCUGGUGAUGCCCAGUGAUCUUGUGACCAGUCUCCAUCCCGGAACCUCGGACCUGGUGAUGCCCAGUGAUCUUGUGACCAGUCUCCAUCCCGGAACCUCAGACCUGGUGAUGCCCAGUGAUCUUGUGACCAGUUUCCAUCCCGGAACCUCAGACCUGGUGAUGCCCAGUGAUCUUGUGACCAGUCUCCAUCCGGACCUCAGACCUGGUUAUGCCCAGUGA